CUUCUUUCUAAACUUAACGACCAUGCUUUUGUCAGUCUCUUUGUGGCGAGCCACCACCAACAGGAAGUCUCUUAGAUACUUCGCCACAGAAGCAAGGAAUAGUCUCUCAUCGCCUAUUUUCAAUGAGACAUCCACGCCUGUAACGAGCGCGAUUGAAGUUCUGGACAAUGUAUCGAAGUACAACGCAUAUGUGAACGCCUAUAUCGAUGUCGCAGAUUCAGAGGUAGUCCUUGAUCAAGCAAAGGAGGCUGCAGCCAGGUGGAAAGCAGGCAAACCAAAGAGUUCAUUGGAUGGGGCUGUAUUAGGAUACAAAAUGAACUUUUGUACAAAGGAAAUGCGCACGACAUGCUCCUCUACAAUGUUGGAUAAUUUCCAAGCUCCAUAUACAGCCACGGCCAUUGAACUCCUUCAGGAGGCAGGAGCUAUCACAGGCGGAAAACUUAAUAUGGAUGAAUUUGGAAUGGGAUCGCACAAUGUCUUCAGUAAUACGGGGCCUUCCAGGAACCCCCACGGUAUUUUGGGCCGUCCAGUCGAACUAUUGGAUGUGGCAGAUGGCCGGUCUGCAGGAGGAAGCUCAGGAGGAAGCGCUGCCGCUGUAGCCAGCAACAUGUGCUUUGCGGCAAUGGGAUCAGAUACAGGAGGAUCAGUAAGGUUACCAGCGUCAUAUUGUGGUAUUGUUGGUUUCAAGCCAUCGUAUGGUCAGAUAUCCAGGUGGGGCUUGGUUGCCUAUGCCAGCUCUCUAGACACAGUUGGCAUGCUCACGAAGACUGUUGAUGAUGCCAAGCUUAUAUAUGAUAUUGUAUCAAAGGAAGAUCUAAAGGACUCGACGUGCCUUACCCAAAGGCAACGCGACAAAAUUGCAAAAGUUAUGACGCCUGUUGAGCCCCAACCAGGAGAUACAAGACCUCUGUCAGGCAUUCGGAUCGGUAUUCCGCAAGAGUUCAACAUUGCGGAACUCUCACCAAAUACAAAGGCGUUAUGGAAGCGAGGCAUUCGAGUAUUGAAGGAAAAUGGUGCAACAGUAGUACCUGUUUCAUUGCCCAAUACAAAACUGGCAGUAGGGGCCUACAUGACAAUAGGAACUGCAGAGGCGUCCAGCAAUUUGCAGCGAUAUGAUGGAGUUCGAUAUGGCCACCAGAGUGAAGAGAAGGAUGAAAAGGACGCAUUGUAUGCAAAUACUCGAAGCGAAGGGUUUGGCAAAGAGGUCAAGCGGCGAAUUCUUCUUGGGACCUACGUUCUCACAUCUGGCUCGUUUGACAACUUUUUCUUGCGUGCUCAAAAGAUCCGCCAAAUGAUCAGGAAUGAUUUUGACAGGAUGUUUGCCCGUCCUAAUGUAAUCACUGGCUCCUUACCCAUUGCUGAUAUUGAUAGUCGUCAUGAAGGCGCCCAUCCACGAGUCCAUGCAUUAUUAACACCUGUUGCGGUGACUACAGCACCAAAACUUGCAGAUGUCGUGGGCGAUCAUAUUGAUCCAACAAAUGCCUACCUAGAUGAUAUCUUGACCAUCCCUGCCAGCUUGGCAGGCCUACCUGCUAUGAGUGUGCCGUUUGGAUUAUGUGCAGAAGAUGGAUUUCCAAUGGGGCUGCAAGUCAUUAGCCAAUACGGUGAUGAAGAAAUGAUUUUCAAAGUGGGCAAAGUUUUGGAAGAGAGAGGUCAAAAGAGAACAUAGGAA